AUGGACAAAGCCGUGCGGGACGUUAUCUCGUCAUGGUGGCGUCUGUCUAUCUGUCUGUCUGUCUGUGCCCAGGACCUGAACGUGAUUGAGGAGGUGAUCCGCAUGAUGCUGGAAAUCAUCAACUCUUGCUUGAGCAACUCUCUACACCACAACCCCAACCUGGUGUACGCGCUGCUCUACAAGAGGGAGCUCUUUGAGCAGUUCAGGACACAUCCAUCCUUCCAGGACAUCAUGCAGAACCUGGACACGGUGAUAGGCUUCUUCAGUCAGCGUCUGGAGCUGGCUGGAAGUGACCUGUCAGUUGAGAGGGUUCAGGAAGUCAUUAUAAAAGGAGCCCAGGCCCUGCCCACAGACAGACUGAAGAAGUUUCCAGAGCUGAAGUUCAAGUAUGUGGAGGAAGACCAGCCGGAGGACUUCUUCAUCCCCUACGUCUGGUCCCUGGUCUUCAACGCUGGAGUUGGCCUUCACUGGAGCCCGCACGGCAUCGAGCUGUUCAGCAUGGACUCUGGCUGAAAAACAACAAAGCAGAUGUGCGUGUGUCUUCAUCUCCUGUCAAUUUAAGAAAAAAAAAGAAAGACUGAAGGCAUGUGUGUGUUUGUUUGGGUGGGUGUGCGCGCAUUGCCCUUUAUAGUAUGUGCACGCUGCUUUGAAAGUGCCUCGACCUUGUACAGACUGGUGUUUCUUUUUAUGCAGCACAACCUCUUUCUCCAUCAUAUCAUAAUAAGUCCUCUGCUUCUACACUGUGAAGCUUCAUCUGCACUGGUUAACUGUUAACGCAGUCGAUCCAAAUGAUAUACAGUCAGGCCUGUAGGGAUUAUAUAUUCAACACCUGAGCAGCAUCACUCGUUUCUGCAACACAUGCUGAGUUACUUCUGUAAAACACUUGGUUAUUGUGAGGAGCUCAGGACACUGGCGAGGGAUAAUCCAACGGUUUUUUCUUGCUUAAGAAAAGGUCAAUUUAAACACAUGCACCUAAGUGUUACACUGCUCUGGUUCUUUUACCCGCUGCACUGAAUGCUAAGACAUCCACUUCAUAUUCAAGGCUUGGAAAUCAUACAACACACGUUUAUGAAUAACUUAUGUAAUAUUGAGUUUCUCAUUAUUACCGUUUUAUUUUUUUACCAACAUUGUUCUCUGGAUACAGAUACAAUGGGUUUGUAUAAAAUAUAUUUGUUUGUAAAAUACAUUUUAGAAAAAGGUCAUAGAAAGCGAGAAAGAUGGUGUUUUUUUAUAACAUGCAUGGCUUUCAGAUUAGAGUCCACCAGUGUUUCUUGGUGGCCCUCCCCCCAUAAUCCCCUUUGAAUAUCAUAAUACUUAUUACUGUUUUGUAGUUCUUGGAUGAAAUGAGCGGUCCGCAGGACGCCGAUUCAUGUGAUUUCAUUGUUGCUUCCAGUUUGUUUAUUUGACUUUACCCUGACUUAGUUGUUUCCAUUUCUUCCUGAUGGUUACCAAAGCAACAACCUAAAAUAGGACGAAGUUAUUCAACAUUCUGUCCUUUGUGCAUAAUUACAGUUGGCUUUUUGAUUUGUCA